UGCAGUAAUUGUCGUACAACACAAACACCUCUUUGGAGAAGAGAUGGUAAAGGUGGCUUGUUGUGUAACGCUUGUGGAUUGUUUGCCAAAGUUAAAGGAAGGCCAAGACCUGUAAGUUUGAAAACGGAUGUAAUCAAACCACGAGCACGU